UGUCAGCAGCAGCAUCACCGAGCAGCAAACAGCAUCCAGGGAAACCCAGGAGAUAAACUAAAAGACUAAAAAACCACGUCUGUGCGUUCCUGCUCAACUCCUGAAGCUUCCUCCGACUGCAAAACAGGCACCAAACUGUGACACAAUGAAAGUGGCCGUUGUUUUUGUUCUGCUCUUCGCCACAGUUCUCUGCCGGCCGGCGAGAAAAGUCUCUGACAGCAGUUCAGAGAGCUCUGAAGAAGUGGUGAGGCGACCAGCACCUCCGGCUCUCAGGAAACAGGCUCUGGAGGCUCCUCAGCCUCGUGCAGCAGUUGUAGAGAAGGUUGCAGCAGCAGCAGCAGCCGGAUCAGAUGAGAGCGCAGAGAGUUCGGACGAGGACGAGGCGGCAGCUGAGGAAGCUCCAACUGAGGUCAGCUCUGACAGCACAGAUACAGCUUCAACCUCAGAUACAGCUUCAGUCAGCAGCAAGACCAGCGAAGACAGCGAUGAUGACGACGAUGAUGAAGCAGAGGAGAGCGAAACCGAGGAGGAAGAGGAGGAUGAGGAAUCCAGCAACAGCUCAGAGUCGGGUGAAUCCUCCACUGCUGCUCCGGCCACCAUCAUCCCCGUCAUUGUGACCGACGAGCCCCUGCCUGAAACCACCGCUGAGCCCCUCGAGCCUACCAUCGUCACUGACCCGGCCCGAGGAGACAACCUGGGAGGCUACCCCAGCGACUACAAGUCCAUCGUCUAUGUGGAGGACAAAUCCUACCACAAGCUCCCCGCCCCGUACAAGUCCUACGAGUUUGUCGGUGCAGGAAAGAAGAUGGCCUAUGACAUGACCGAUGGCAACGAGGUGGAGAAGUCUCUCAAGGUGUACAAGGUACAGGCUCUUCAGGUCCACUCUGACCUCCUGGAGGAAGACACCAGCACCCCUGAGGUGGAGAGCCAGGGACUGGACACCUCCUCCGGCACAUCUCAGGACAUCAGCCCCCGCCAGGCCGCCCUGCCAGAGGAGGAGGAGAGCGCCAGCACCAGCGAGGCCACCACCAGCGAGAGCGAGAGCAGCAGCACCCCAGAGGAAGAGGAAGAGGAGGAGAGCGCCAGCACCGCCAGCGACAGCAACAGCACCAGCCAGGAGUCCGAGGACGAGGAGAGCCAGAGCAGCGAGGAGGCCACGGCCACGCCUGGAGCCGCCGACAGCGACUCGGAUGAGAGCGACAGCGCCGAGAGCGACUCGGACGAGGAGGCGGCGGCGGGAACCGACGCCACUACCGACAUACCCGCCGUCAUCACCGCCAAAUAAGCCCCGCCCACCUAGGAAGUGGAGUUGUGUCACAUAAAGAGCUGCAUCCAGGUGCAAAGACCCCCCAACCUUCACUUUAUUCCACGGACGAGAAAGUUUUAUUGAUUCUAAUGUGUUCAACCGACAUCUCCGGGAUCGUUUGUGCAUCUUUCACGAAGCAGAAAUGUUUUCCUCUGGGUGUUAUUUAAAUAAACCGAUAACUCCUUCAUCCUGUGGUACAGUAGUCCUGGUGAAGCCCAUGUUUGAUCCCGCAGGGGAAAAUGAGGUUGAUGCAACUUUAUAGGAUGUUGAAAAACGACGACUGCUACCUGUAACAAGAGGCUCCUGACCUCCUGACCUCCCCUCCGUUACUGCAGGGCACAAGGUCAAAACUGGAAAACAACCACAAAGUUGACUCCUGAUAUCUACACUAGCACAACAAUGCAUGCAACCAUUAAUAAUAACUGCAAACCUACAAUGUUUUUUUGUGCUUAGUAAAUAAAGACAGAGAAAUGCAGAGUUUUUUUUUUAAAUACUUGUAAUCAUUUUGAGCAUAAUACAAUUUAAACUUGACAUGAAGCCACACACCUGCUGCCAGUGUGGCUUAGCUUACUUGCUCGCUAAUAUUAAAAUCUGCUGGUGUGGAUAAAAGGAAAACUCAGAACCAUCCGGUACAGGGUUCAAUCAGGUGUAGAUGCAGCACACGCAUACAUACAACACAGUCCUGUUUGAUUUGCACAGUUCCUACCUACACUACAUGUUGUUUGUCCCAUGUUGUUUACUGUAAUGUAUCAUAUUGUACCAUUUCUAAAAUAUUAAUAAAGUUCUUUUUCAUAAAAAGA